CAUCGUUCCUUUUGCAUCGGCACCUAACCAUCAAUUAUUUAAUUUGUUUUAACCAUUCAAUACCGUGAUAUUUAUUCAACGUUGUAUACAUACAACGUUUUUAUCUAUUUAGUUAUCACGAUUUUCUUUUUUAAUGUUAAAAGUCUUGCGUAGUACUUUACACACAUUUACGCCAAUUACUAAGCAUUCCAGUACAAGCCAGCUUCAAUACAAACGUUUCCUAACCACAGCAACGCGUACUAAAGUUCAAGCGGAAAUGAGUGAAAAGCCAAAGAUUGUAUUUGUUUUAGGUGGCCCAGGUGCUGGCAAGGGUACUCAGUGCUCUAAAAUUGUGGAACGUUUCGAAUUCGUCCAUUUAUCGGCCGGGGAUCUAUUGCGUGAAGAACGUGCCCGUGAGGGUUCCGAAGUGGGUGCUUUAAUUGAAGACUACAUACGCAAUGGUAAAAUUGUACCGGUUGAGGUGACGUGUUCAUUGCUGGAAGCAGCUAUGACAAAAUCUGGCAAAAAUAAGUUCCUAAUUGAUGGUUUUCCACGUAAUCAAGAUAAUUUAGAUGGCUGGAAUCGUCAAAUGUCAGACAAAGUAGAUUUUCAAUUUGUUUUAUUCUUCAACUGCUCAGAGGAUGUGUGUGUUGAUCGUUGUUUGUCUCGUGGCCAAGGUGGCUCCGGUCGCUCGGACGAUAAUAUGGAAAGUUUAAAGAAACGUAUUCAAACCUACAACAACCAUUCUCUGCCAAUUAUCAAGUAUUUCGAAGAAUUGGGUAAAGUGAAACAAAUCGAUGCUAGCCCCUCGGCUGAUGAAGUUUUUGCCAAGGUUGAACAGGUAUUCAAAGAAAGUGGCUUCGAGUAAAACCCUAUUGUUGGAGGUGGUGGUAGUGUUAUAAAUAUUGUUGCUGUUGUUGUUAAUUCUCUGAAAUUUUCUUGUUAAAGGAGGAGGAGGAGAAGAAACACUUACACAAUAAUUAUGCCGUUUUGCUUACUUUUAAAUUCUUGUCUUUUAAAACGUAUUAAAAACUAACAUUAGUUCAAUUCUUAACAAAAAAAUCGAUAAAAAAUACGAUAUACUCUAUGUUUAUGGUUAAACAAAAUAAAAACUAUUUAUUAAGCUCAA